AUGGCCAAGGUCGACCAGAAAGCCGUUCUGAUUGUGAUCGACGGUUGGGGCGUUCCCUCCGAGAGCUCGAAGGGCGAUGCCAUCACCGCCGCUGAGACUCCCUUCAUGUCGGGCUUCGCUGAGGCCAAUUCCAAGACCGCCCAGGGCUACACCGAGUUGGAUGCCUCGUCGCUAGCUGUCGGUUUGCCGGAGGGUCUCAUGGGUAACAGUGAGGUCGGUCACUUGAACAUUGGUGCCGGCCGUGUGGUCUGGCAAGACAGUGUUCGCAUCGACCAGACUCUGAAGAAGAAUGAACUGAAAAAGGUGGACAACAUUUCCAAGUCCUUCACUCGUGCGAAGGAGGGCAAUGGUCGUCUGCACUUGGUGGGCCUGGUUUCGGACGGUGGUGUUCACUCUAACAUCACCCACUUGAUCGGUCUUCUUCGUGUCGCCAAGGAGAUGGAGAUCCCCGAGGUGUUCAUCCACUUCUUCGGUGAUGGACGUGACACCGACCCUAAGAGCGCCGCCAAGUUCAUGGAGGAUCUUCUUGAGAAGACCAAUGAGAUUGGCAUUGGUAAGAUCGCCACGGUUGUUGGCCGCUACUGGGCUAUGGAUCGUGACAAGCGCUGGGACCGAGUUGAGCUCGCGCUCAAGGGUAUUGUCUCGGGUGAGGGCGAGGAGAGUUCUGACCCGGUCAAGACCAUCAAGGAGUGCUACGAGAAAGGCGAGACGGACGAGUUCUUGAAGCCCAUCAUUGUCGGAGGCAAGGACCGCCGGGUUCAGGAUGAUGACACCCUCUUCUUCUUCAACUACCGUUCCGACCGUGUCCGUGAAAUCACCCAGCUCUUGGGUGACUACGACCGCUCCCCCAAGGCCGACUUCCCCUACCCCAAGAACAUCCAUAUCACCACCAUGACCCAGUAUAAGACCGACUACACCUUCCCCGUUGCAUUCCCUCCUCAGCACAUGGGUAACGUCCUCGCUGAAUGGCUCGGUAAGAAGGACCUCCAGCAGUGCCACGUUGCUGAGACCGAGAAGUACGCCCACGUUACUUUCUUCUUCAACGGUGGUGUUGAGAAGCAAUUCCCCGGUGAGGUGCGCGACAUGAUUCCCUCGCCCAAGGUCGCCACGUACGACCAGGACCCUAAGAUGAGCGCCGCCAGUGUUGGUAAGAAGAUGGCCGAGCGCAUUGGCGAGGGCAAGUUCGACUUCAUCAUGAACAACUUUGCUCCUCCUGACAUGGUUGGCCACACUGGUGUCUACGACGCUGCUAUUGAGGGUGUUGCUGCCACCGACAAGGCCAUUGGCGAGAUUUAUGAGGCUUGCAAGAAGAACAACUACCUUCUCUUCAUCACUGCCGACCAUGGAAACGCCGAGGAAAUGCUCAACGAGAAGGGCACCCCCAAGACCUCGCACACUCUCAACAAGGUUCCCUUCGUGUUGGCCAAUGCCCCUGAGGGCUGGAGCCUCAACAAGGAUGCCGAGGGUGUUUUGGGAGAUGUUGCACCGACCCUCCUUGCUGCCCUUGGUAUUGAGCAGCCUGAGGAGAUGUCUGGCAAGAGCCUUUUGGUCAAGGCAUAG